CCACCACCCCCCCUAACAAACCCCCCCCCCCCACCGCGGCCACACUUAACCCGGUUUUUCAUCUCCCCCCCCCCCCCCCCCCCCCCCCCCCCCUGAUCCAUCAUCAGAUAAGUUUAAAUCAGUUAAGCAGUUAUAUGAUAUUACUUAUUCUCCAUCAAAUACACUUAUAACUUGUGGAGUUGUAAUAUCCGAAUUGUCACAUCUUACAUUCUUGAUAUAUUAGCACCUACUUGUCUUUAUUUUCUCUUAGAAAAGAAACAUCGCUCAUGUGCAUCUCCAACAUCUAAAUUUAUAUCACCAUUAAAAUCAUUGCUACAAAUUCUGUUCAUACUGUGCCAUAUGAUCAAGCAAUAUUACAAGUACAGAACUUUAUUACAAUUGUACAACAGAAAUUUCCAAAUAUCACCUCAAUUGCCAUUGUUACUUGUAUACCUGCAGCUAAAGUUACACAUCGUUUUCCCAACUUUAACAACUUAAACGUAAUGAUCAUCAAUUAUAAUAAAGAACGGAAAAAAUUAGCUGAAACAUCAAAUAUACAUGUAACUGAACCAUUAAUUACAAGGGGUGAUCUUUCUGAUGGACUAUAUAUUGAUAAUGCAAAGCAACAUGUAUUCUUUAAUCCAAUUUUUCAAUAUUGUGCAUUAGUUAAUCCAUCAGAAAAAAUUACAGAACAAGUACAAUUACAACAACACGAAACACAUCAUCAAGCACAAAGGAUGACAUCUACUGUUUAUGAUAAACCAACCUAG